UCCUGCGCUCAGUACUUCUUUCACUCUGACGCUUUUGUUUCUUAAAUUCACCUAAAUUCUGGUGCCCUCAGGCGUGGCAACCCCCUUUCUCUGUUCUGGAUGGAGGAGCUUUUUGAGACAUUCCAGAUUCCCGGAUUUUAACAGGGGGAACAGAAGACCUGAGGAGGACCUGCGCACUGGACUCCACCUCCCUGAUGUAGAGGUCAACCUGUGCAGUUUUUUUUUGUCUUAUCUUCAAUGACCUGAGGAAUGCUGCUUUGUUACUGGCCGAGCGCCACAGAGAUCUUGUUCUGUAAGCGUGCUGCGCUGCUCCUGAGACUUCAUCUGCUGCCCGCGCAACACUGAAUCACAGAUAAAUUAGCACUUAGUGCAGCAGAGAGAGAGAGAGAGAGAGAGAGAGAGAGAGGGAGAGAGCAAGAGAGAAACAGAGAGAGAGAGAGAGAGACAGAGAGAGGGUGAGAGAGAGACAGUCAGAGACAGCGAGAGAGAUUCCUUGCUGAAGUGGACUGUACCUGGUCUUACAGCAUCCAAGGUUUGCCAGCAGGGAUGGAGCCUCAUCUCUGAUUCCCUGGAAAAGAAAAGAAGAAGGAAGAAGAGAAGGGAGGAAGAACUAUAAUAAAAAGCGCUAAAAAUAAAACUGGGACAGAAUUGCAUUAAUGGCAUAUAAUAACUGAAGCGUGAGCACGUGAGGGCUUCCAGCGCUGAGAGAGAGGGAGAGAGAGAGGGGAGGUCUGAGCAGACUAUAGGAAUGCCCUGAUGUCCUGAGGAUGAGAAAGCUCCCCACUCAGUCUUGAGACCCCCCCCCCCCAACCCCCCCACUUCCUGUUCCUGUCAACCAUUCGCUUCCACCAUAGAGAGUCAGAUCCUGGACCUCACCAAAGACUCUUUCACACCAUACUGGACUCUCUCCAGAAGCUCCGGAACAUUCUGCAACAUUCUGGCUCCAGUGUUACGCAGCUCUCUGCCUUUCUCUCUCUCUCUCUCUCUCUCUCUCUCUCUCACACGUGGAUACGGAAGGAAGCGGAGGCACUUUGUGAAGCAGAAAACUUGUUUUUUUUUUUUUUUACUUUUUUCAAGCUACAGGGACAAUACUUGAUACAGCAAAAUAAGAAACUGUUUUGACAUCAUCUGCUGGACGAACGCCGCCCACAAGCAUGCAGGUCUCCAUCGCUUGUACCGACCACAACCUGAAGGGUCGCAAUGGUGACCACAGCAAGCAGAACACCACCAGCCCCAAUGUGGUCAAUGCCGCCAGAGCCAAGUUCCGCACAGUGGCCAUCAUCGCACGAAGUUUUGGCUCCUUCACCCCGCGACACCAUAUCUCCCUCAAAGAGUCCACAGGCAAACUAACCGGCAUGAAGUAUCGGAACCUUGGGAAAUCAGGACUGCGGGUGUCAUGUUUAGGACUUGGAACUUGGGUGACUUUUGGAGGCCAGGUUACAGAUGAGAUUGCGGAGCAGCUCAUGACCAUUGCCUAUGAGAGCGGAGUGAACCUCUUCGACACUGCCGAAGUCUACGCUGCCGGGAAAGCUGAAAUCAUACUGGGAAACAUCAUCAAGAAGAAAUGCUGGAGGCGUUCCAGUUUGGUCAUCACCACAAAGCUCUACUGGGGUGGAAAAGCGGAAACAGAAAGAGGCCUCUCGAGGAAGCACAUUAUCGAAGGACUGAAGGGCUCCCUCCAGAGGAUGCAGUUGGAAUAUGUCGACGUGGUCUUCGCCAACCGUCCUGACAGCAACACACCUAUGGAGGAGAUUGUGAGAGCGAUGACAUAUGUGAUAAACCAGGGCAUGGCCAUGUACUGGGGCACAUCCCGCUGGAGCGCGAUGGAGAUAAUGGAAGCAUACUCCGUAGCUCGGCAGUUUAACAUGAUUCCUCCAGUGUGCGAGCAGGCUGAGUAUCACCUCUUCCAGAGAGAGAAGGUGGAGGUGCAGCUCCCAGAACUCUACCACAAGAUAGGUGUGGGUGCUAUGACCUGGUCACCGCUGGCUUGUGGCAUUAUCACUGGGAAGUAUGAGAAUGGAAUCCCAGAAACCUCCAGGGCCUCCAUGAAGUCAUACCAGUGGCUGAAGGACAAGAUCGUGAGUGAUGACGGCAGGAAGCAGCAGGCCAAGCUGAAGGAGCUGGGCCACAUCGCUGAGAAGCUAGGCUGCACCCUUCCCCAGCUGGCCGUGGCCUGGUGCCUCCGUAAUGAAGGCGUGAGCUCUGUCCUCCUGGGAACCUCAAACCCAGAACAGCUGACAGAGAAUCUGGGCGCCAUUCAGGUACUGCCAAAGAUGACAUCCCACAUAGUAUCGGAUAUUGAUCACAUACUGGGGAACAGGCCCUACAGUAAGAAAGACUACCGCUCAUAGGCUUAGAGCCUUCCAUGCUGUUUGACUGGGAAGGAAAGAAAGUUCUGGAACAGCACUGUGGUACUUGUUCCAUGCACCAACCUGUCUAUCUGCAGUUCUGCUCAAGAUGGAAAUAUCCAGUAUAACAACAUGAGCUCUAUUCAAAUAAGUGCAUGCCUCCACUGGGAAUGAUAUGUGCCUAAAGAUACUAAAGCACAUAAAAUGGAGAAACAAAAGAAAAAGUAUGAGGAUAUGAAAAAAAAUCCAGGCAGCAUACUCCUGCAUUCUGUUCUGAGGCAAUAUAUUACCUCUUAAGCCACCUCCAAUUUCACCAACAACCGUUUGGGACCCCUACUUGGUCUACUAAAGGAAACUAGACAGCAAAAGAAAUGCUGCCUCUUCUGUCCAGAGGAGGAACUGCACAUGUAUGCAUAGUGAGGGACGCAUCAUGAAACUAACGUCUUCAUUUGCAUCUAUGGAAGAAAACCCUGCCUCUACCCUUGCCUGUGUAUCAAUCUUGCAUUGUCAACUGCUGAUGUAAUGAUGCGAAUGUACUUGCAGAUACAUGAGAAUCCUGAAGACGAAGGGUUCAUUACUAUAACGCUUGCUUACCAAGGGGGCGGGUGGGUACAACUGACAUUAUCCAAAAGAAAUAUACUCUGUAGCGAGUGCAAAUAAGAGCAAACCACUUUAGAAUAAACCAUUUAAGUAAUUUAAAUAAUUCUAAACUCCCAACAUGCAAAUAACACAUAAUACAUAUGUAAAUUGUACAUAGUUUGACUUUUCAGCAGCACAAAUAAGCCAUUCCUCAUCGUCUCUAGUCCUUUUCAGUUUUAUUAACCAACCUCAGCUUUCACACCUUAGCCAAGGCAGUCCGACCCACAAAGCACAAUGCAGUCCAGGACUGCAAGCAGGAAGCAGCAGGAGAGAGAUGGGCGAUAGUUGGGUGUGGUGAACAGUAAUAGAAUGGUUAUGUAUUUAUAAUUGCGUUCAUUAGACCUUGUUUGCCUGGUCCUCAAAAACACUCCUUUUAUAUAUACAUAUAUACUGAAGCUCAAGAUUUUUUGAUUUUAUGUGCUCAUUGUUAGGAUCAGUGUUUCUCCAUUUUUUGGUCCUCUGGGGACACCGUAUAUCCUUGUUUUCAUUCAAACAUCACCAAAUUAGCCAUUUGUUUAAAUGGGGGAAUUUAAGAAACGGGUGAAUACCAAUCUGGAUUUCACAGUUCAGUUUGCCUGUAAAUGUGUGAUUUGAACUCAUAUUAAAAAAUUACAUGUAAAUGUUUUAGGGAUAUUUGCCAUCUAAUAUUUCUACGGCCUGUCUCUAGGCAGUUUAUUCAGAGUGGUUCAUCUGUAUGAUCCUGUAAAUCUGGACUGUGCAGGUGCCAACUGAAAAUGUCCAGAAAUGUCCAGAUCAGAUGCACAAGUCUAGAUCAGUGCUAAGCUGGUACUGUAGCACAUCACAGAUAACCCUAAUAGAGUUGAUCCCAGUUGGAGUGAAAUUCAGCAUAUACGGUGUCCUGAGGACGACCAAUGGGAAGCUCUAAAGAGCUGAAGAUUCAUCCGCGUGUUGGUACAUCAAUCUCCACUGUUUACAGUGCCUUGAGUAAGCCCUGCGGAAGGCCACAGGUCACUCUGGGGCCCACAGCAGGGGCUGUGGCUAUGGGCUAAGUCACCUGAACUCCUGCAGUUCAAAUGACUGUGUAAAUUACUCUUGAAAAAAAUAAAUACAAAUAAAUGAAAGGAAUCCUCUAUGUUUUCUACAAUUUGUAAAAUUGUGAUGGAAAGAGAAAUGUCGACUUUUCAGGCUGUUUAAUCUCAAACAUCAGGGUCUUUUAUCAUGUCAUGUGUUCUUUGCUUUAAUUUUGUAAAUAUAGGCUACAUAUUCAGCUUGAUUAAAUAAAUGCAUAAUGCAGAUAAA